AUGACAAUGAAAAAAUCAUAUCCAUCAACGAAAUCACUUCGAGCUUGGAUUGCUGAUCUUUUGGUACGAAUUACUUUUUUUAAAGAUUGGACUCGAUUAGUAGUCAGUUAUGUCAAAGACAAUAAAGCUCCAUCACCAUUGCCACCUAUAUUUAACAUUGCUAUUCUUCAAAGUUCAGCUCGAUCGAUUGCAUUACUAAUUUAUCAAUUGAAAUUUAGUUAUCAAGUUUUAGAUAAUGGUGAAGAACGUCAAAUACAACAAUCAUCAACUACGGCACAUGAUAUUGCUAAUGGUAUUAUUAUUGAUGGAAUCUAUUUAGAUGGUGCACAAUGGAAUAAUCAAUGUCAUCAAGUUGUAGAUUAUACAGAUCAACGUCGAACGCAUCAUUUACCAUCUCUUCUUUGCAAACUUGUACCAAAAAGUAAAGAGAAUGUGGAUGCAACGAAUAUAUAUGAAUGCCCGGUGUAUCUAACAGCAUUACGAGCACUAAGUGCGAGUGAAGCAGCAAAACAUCUUGUUGGUACAAUUACAAUACCAUAUUCAGAAACAGAAUCAUUUUGGACAACACGAUCAAUUGCUGGUAUCCUUGAAAUUAUUGGUAAACCAUCAUUUGAUAGUCAAACUCAAUAUGAAACAAUUCGAAUGAUAAAAUCAAUUGAAUUAACUUUUCCAACAGGGGGAACAUCAGCUGAUCUUCGUAAUUUACUUCGUCGAAAUCCAGCUGAUCGAUUACCUUUGAAAGAUGCUGCACAGCAUACUUCGAUAUUAAAAAAUACAGAUACAGCUGUUAUUGAAGAUAACUAUAUUAAACGAAAGAAAACAUUAAAUAGAGAAAAUUCAAUUUCAAUACUCUAUUUAAAUAUUUGGACUUUCUCUUUUAUUUUUCUUUGUUUCUAUGUAAUCUAUAUGUGUUAA